AUGCAGAACAGUCAACCAGGAAGUUUUAUGGGUCAGGUGCAGUGGCAGUGCCAGCAGCAGCAACGGCAGCAACAAGGUACUGGUCAUUGGGAGCAGCUGAACCAACGAUUCCAAAACGGGUAUGUUGGAAAUCAGGCUCCAGAAAUGGACCUGGUCCACAAAAUGGCCAUUGAAAUCGAGGGAUGGAAGCAGCACUGCGCCGCUCUCUACCAGGAAAAAGAGCAAUUCAAAGCGGAAAACCAAAACCUGAAAAUGGAAAACCAGAAGUUGAAAGAUGAAGCUUUCCAGAAAAAUCAAGCUUUCGAAGAUAUGAAAUUGCGAUUGAAUAAGGUGUCCAAGAAAUCGGAAGAAGAAAAUCACGAAUUGAAGAAUCUGCGAGAGGCCAAUGAUUUUGAAAUUGUCCUUGUCAAACGGAUCAAGGACCUGGAAGCAAGAGAGGGUCCGAUCUCCUCCGAAGAUGCCCCAACCUUGGAGGAUAUCGUCGACAGCGUCAUCGACAACAAGGAGCUCAUCGUGAAGCGCCACCACGAUCCAAUUCGAGAUGAGGAGAACGACUUCAAGGCGGCUGUAGAGAAUUGGAAGAACUGGAAUGGAAGAUUCGAGACUGUGGAAGGAGUUGACGAAGUGUGGAACCAAGUCAACCACAAAAGCGAAUGGUCCCGCAAAUGUGCUAAAGUGAAGGAGUUGCAGAAGUUCCAAGAGGCGAAACGAUGGAUCCGCCCGCAAACGCUUUACAAGAUCAAAAAGGAACCUGCUCAUUAA